AUGUGUUUCGAGAUUUUGGCUCGUGUCGAUUCUCAGGAAGCGCGCAACAAUGUACGACACCUGAGUGUCAUAUCGCAAGCUGAUGCAUUGAAGUUCGCACCUGUCGGGACAUACCCAAGCACCGGUAUUGACGUGCUCAUCGUCGGAGCUGGGUUCGGCGGUCUGACGGCCGCGCUCGAGUUCACCCGCAAAGGACACAAUGUGCGCGUUCUUGAGCGCCACUCCGUCCCAGACGUCUCCGGGGACAUGUACUUCAUGGGCUUGAGCGCCACCCGCUUCCUCCGGCACUGGCCCGAGAUGAAGCGACGGUACGAUGAUAUAUCUCUCCACAAUGCGUGGAUCGAGACGUACAAGCACGACGGCGCCCUGAUGCUUCCGCCACAGAAGGUCUCCGACCGCCUCCAUGCUGCCGGGCUGGACCCCGGAAAUGCUCCAGGGGCGUUCCAGAUGCGGCCGCUUGUGCACCGAAUGCUACUCGAGCAGGUCGAGAAGCUUGGGAUCCCGAUUGAAUACGGAUCACGCGUCAAGGCCUACUUCGAGGAUGAUCAGAAGGGCGGCGUUGAGCUCGAUGACGGGACGAGGUUCAAGGCUGAUCUCGUGGUUGCUGCCGACGGUAUCGGAUCCAAGGCGAACGAGCUGAUGGGAGGUGAAGUUCGCGCGCGGUCUUCUGGUCGUGCCAUGUGGCGCGCUGUGAUGCCGGUCGAAUGUCUCAACGCCGAUCCGGAGGUCAAGAAAUUCUUCGGGCUCAAGGAUGGAACCGAUCCGGUGGUGAGAACAUGGUUUGCGCCUGGAUCAUAUGCUUUGACUCUCACACGCGACGAUGUGGUGGUCUGGAUCAUCAACCACGAUGUCACUGGGUCCGAGACCGAGUCCUGGAACAACACCAUCGAAGCUGAGGAGGUGCUAGACGCCAUGGGAAACACACCUGAUGGCGUCCCCGAGUGGUCCCCGAUCUUCCAGCGGCUCGUGAAAUGCACCCCGUCCGGUACCAUCGUCAACUACGAGCUGUGGUGGAGGGAUCCCCAGCUUCAAUGGGCGUCGCCAUCGCAUCGCGUGGUACAGAUAGGAGACAGUGCGCACAGCUUCUUGCCCUCUUCUGGCAACGGCGCGACGCAGGCGUUCGAAGACGCUGUGUCGCUCGCAUCAUGCCUCCAGAUCGGAGGUAAAGACAAGAUACAGCAGGCGGUCAAGGUGCACAAGACAUUGAGAUUCACGCGAACCGCUUGCGCCCAGAAGAUCGGCUUCUCCAACGCGGAGCUGCUGCAAAAGACCGACUGGGCCCAGGUGAAGCUUGACCCGCGCAAGUCUUCGCCCCGACUGCCCAAGUGGAUCUGGGAGCACGACGCCGAGGUCUACGCGUACGAGAACUACAAAAUGUGUGUGGGUGCCAUGCGGAAGGGAGUCGGUCUGGAAGACACGAAGGAGAUCAAGCCGAAUUAUCCCAAAGGGUAUAAGUUUGCGCCUUGGAGCAUCGACGACAUCAUGCAGCAGGUCAAGAAGGGGAAGGAGAUUGAUCUUGGUCCGGGAGAGUGGUAUUGA